GGUCUCAGUGGGGACCAAUUUCCUGCCCUACAACCUGCUGCUUCAGCCAAUACAGUCGGCAAAGACGCAGCCUUGCAUUUCUAGAAGGAUCGCACAGAGGUAUAAGAGGCACAGCCCGGCCACGCCUGGCUGUGCCCCUGCCGUGGACAUGGGGAACACACAUUCCAAAGGCGGAGACAGAAGCGGGGCUCUCCACGGCCGCCCUGAGCUGUCUUUCUAUGGCUCUUUUCCUAGGAAAUGGAGCGAGAAUGUCUUUUUAGAUAACGAGCUGCUGACCUCCAAGAUCCUGUCCGUGCUGCGGCCGGCGCAGUCGGAGCGGGGCCACCUCCGCUUCCCCGCCCACUUCCUCAGCACCAACUCUGUCUUUGCCUCUGUCGCAGCGUCCCUGAAGGAGCACCCAAGGGCCACCCUCUUGUCCGAAGGCAGCCCGGCCCUGCCCAGGAAUGUCGGCAUGACCGUGUCCCAGAAGGGGGGUCCGCAGACAGCUCCCAGCCCGGCAGGAACAGGGACUCGAUCCGGACCAGCCACGGGAGAGAUGGAUGAAGUCGAUUCUGCUUUUCUGAAAUUCAAACAGGCAGCUGAUGAUGCUCUCUGGCUGACAUCUUCAAAUGCUGAGUCCAUUUAUGUGGAAGAUCCCUACACCGCCUCGCUGAGGAGCGAGAUUGAGUCUGACGCCCACGAGUUCGAGGCCGAGUCCUGGAGCCUCUCCGUGGACUCAGAAUACGCAAGGACACACAAGAGGGAGGUGGUGAAGAGACAGGAUGUGCUUUAUGAGCUGAUGCAGACAGAGGCGCACCACGUGCGGACCCUCAAGAUCAUGCUGAAGGUCUACUCCAGGGCGCUGCAGGAGGAGCUGCAGUUCAGCAAGAAGGACAUAGGCCUGCUCUUCCCCUGCGCCGACGACCUGCUGGAAGUGCACAGCCUCUUCCUGGCCCGGCUGAAGGCGCGCCGCCAGGAGUCCCUGGAGGAGGGCAGCAACCGGAAUUACACCAUCCAGAAAAUCGGGGACCUCCUGGUGCAGCAGUUUUCUGGUGAAAAUGGAGAGAGGAUGAAGGAAAAGUACGGCAUCUUUUGCAGCAGCCACAAUGAAGCUGUCAGCCACUACAAGUUGCUGCUGCAGCAAAACAAGAAAUUUCACAGUUUGAUCAAGAAAAUCGGCAACUCCUCCAUCGUGCGACGGCUGGGCGUGCAGGAGUGUAUUCUCCUGGUUACUCAGCGCAUAACCAAGUACCCCGUGCUGGUAGAGCGCAUCAUCCAGAACACGGAAGCUGGCUCUGAGGACUACGGAGACCUGACCCAGGCACUGGGCCUCAUCAAAGACAUCAUCUCACAAGUGGACGCCAGGGUCAGUGAGUGUGAGAGGGAGCAGCGCCUCAAGGAGAUUGUGGCCAAGAUGGACCUGAAGUCCUCCAGCAAGCUCAAGAACGGACUGACCUUCCCCAAGGAGUACAUGCUGCGGCGGCAGCUGCACUUUGAGGGGUCGCUGUGCUGGAAGACCACGUCGGGGCGCCUGAAAGACAUCUUUGCCGUCCUGCUGACCGACGUGCUCUUACUGCUCCAGGAAAAGGACCAGAAAUAUGUCUUUGCUUCUGUGGACUCCAAGCAUCCCAUCAUCUCCCUGCAAAAGCUCAUCGUGCGGGAGGUGGCCAUCGAGGAGAGGGCCAUGUUUCUGAUCAGCGCGUCCAUGCAAGGGCCAGAGAUGUACCACAUGUGCACCAGCUCCAAGGAGGAGAGGGACGCGUGGGUGGACCACAUCCGGAGGGCCGUGGAGAGCUGUCCAGAUGAGGCGGAGGCGCCCUUCGGCGAUGCUGAAGAAGAGAGGAAGAUGCCCUGCAACCUGAGGCUGAGGGACUUCCAAGAGCGGCUGAGCGCCAAGGACCAGCAGAUCGCGCAGAUCCUCAGUGAGAAGCAGCAGGUCUACCUGGAGAUGGCCGAGAUGAGUGGGCCGGACGACCCCUCACAGCCGCGCCUCCUCUUCCGCGGCGGGGACCCCUCGGAGAACUUGCAGGGGCAGCGGAUUCUCAAGUCGGCCAUGCGCGAGCUCGAGGACAUCCAGAGCCUGAUCUGCAGACGACUGGGCAGCACCAACGGCCAGGUGGACGAUGGAGGCUGUGUGGCAGCCCUGCCCCGCAGAGCAGAGACCUUUGGGGGCUACGACAGUGUGAGCAGCCCUGGCAAGAAUGGCAGCUUUAAGAAGAAGACCUACAGCGCAGACUCCCGGCCCCAAGAUAGGCAACGCCCGGUGAGCAGCCCAGACCCUAAGCUUGGUGACACCCCAGGGGCCUCCGAGGAAAGUCCGCAGGUGGAGGCCCUGGGUGCAGAGUGCGGCAGCCCCCUGCCCGCCGUCCUGGAGUCAGAGCUUGUCCAGCGGAUCCAGACGCUGUCCCAAAUGCUCCUCAGUCUCCAGGCCAUCAUCGCCCAGCAGGACAGCUACGUGGAGAUGCAGAGGACCACCCUCCAGGAGUGGGAGAAGCAGUUCCGGCUGCAGUCCACGCGGGGGAAUGUGCUGCUGGAGCAGGAGCGCCAGCGGAACUUCGAGAAGCAGCGGGAGGAGCUGGCGGGAAUGCAGAAGCUGCAGGUCCAGCUGCGGCGCCAGCAGCAGGAGCUGGACCUGGCCUCCGCCCGGCUGCUGGAGCGCGAGACUGAGGCACUGCAGCUGCAGGACCGGCUGAGCCAAGAGCGCGGGGAGCUGGAGCAGCAGCGGCAGGCCUACCAGCACGACCUGGAGCGGCUGCGCGAGGCCCAGCGCGCCUUGGAGCGGGAUCGGGAGCGGCUGGAGGUGCUGCGCAGGUUCAAGAAGCAGAACACGGCGCCUGGGGCGCUGCCUCCCGAGGCCCAGGCAGAGGGCCAGCCCGCAAGCCACCCACCCAGCUUCAAUGGGGAGGGGCCCGAGGGGCCCACAGCCUUGGGCAGAGUGCCGGGGACCCGGGGGAGCACCCUGCUCUCGGGUGCAGGGCCUGAGCACCCCGAGCGCCCAGAGGUGGCUCGCCGGGACAGUGCCCCUGCCGAGAGCCGGCCAGCCAAGAACGAUGUGCCCAUCCACCUGCUCAGCACCACCAACCAGAUCCAGAGGCAGGCGGCCGUGCAGCAGCAGAUCCCCACCAAGCUGGCCGCCUCCACCAAGGGUGGCAAGGACAAGAACAAGAGUCGGGGCUCCCAGCGCUGGGAGAGCUCAGCUUCUUUUGACCUGAAGCAGCAGCCGCUUCUCAACAAGCUCAUGGGCAAGGACGAGAGCGUCUUGCGGAACCGCCGGUCGCUGAGCCCCGUCCUGCCAGGCAGCCCCAGCCCCUCCGCCCCCCCAGACUUGAGCUUCCCCGCCCCAAGCCCCACCCCAGCAGACGCCCCCUCCGAGGGCUUCUCCGUGAAGACCGGGGCGCCUCCCUUCCCGCCCGUGCCACAGCCGCCGGCCACGCCGCUGGCCACGCAGGAAGCCAGCAAGGAAGACGUCAUCUUCUUCUGAGGGGCGCGUGCUGAGGCACAGAUGCCUCCCUGUCCUGCCCGCCCCGCGCGCUCUGGGCACCCGCCCAGCUGUCCUUGUCCCCUUCCUGAGCAAACCACCACAAGUGACCCCUGGCAGGGUGAGGGCAGGCCAGCCUGUUGUCUUGAGGCGCUUCAGCAGGACUAACAGUGGUGCCUGGGUAACUUUCUCAACUGUUUAUAUAAAUAUAUAUUCAAAAAGGAAAGUUUUUAAUCGAAGGUUGAGCCAGAGCUAACCCAAGGAGCUAUUUUAAAUCCUUGCACCCCUGUGGGUAAGCGAGAGCCGCUCCCAGCCACUUCUCCCAAGGCAGUGAUGGGUGAUGGUGUUCCUGAGGCCCAAGGACAGGCCGGACCCCGGCCUCAGGAGGAGGUGCUGGCCCCAGGUGAGGCCCUGCCUGCAGCCGCUCUGAGGUGCCGGGGUGUCGCUGGCGCCCCAGAAGGGGCCGGUGGUGUUUGCCCACAGAAUUGGGCAGAACUGCCUUCCAAAGUAGAGGCCGACAGGGUUCGUGGUGACCGCAGGCGCACAGCCCGCCGAGGGGCAGGGCCCCCUGGGCAGGGUGCUGGGAGGGUGGCCCCGGCCCUGGGUAGGUUCUGUAGGGUCAGAAGCUCAUCCUAGAAGAAACUGCUCAUAACUCAUUCUAAUCUGGCAGUUUUUAAACCUGCUAUUGUCCAGACUUGGUGCUUUCCCAAGGCGCUCCACCCAGGUGGCAUGCUCCGUGGGCCUGACAGCACCAGCCACUGCUCAGACCUGGGCCUGUCCAGCAGCCGGGGCACAGGCGGCCUGGAAGCGGCUGCCAGCAAGUGGGCAGAUGGCUACCUCAUGGACGCUGCACGUCCAGAGAGCAGCGGGAGCCAUGGCCACCCUCCCCUGGAGGCGGGGGAGGGCCGCAGGACUAGCCGAAGGCCCAACGCCUUGAGGAUAGUGUCAGAUGUCCGGCCUUAGCCCAGGGUGGCAGUGGGGUCAGAUCUGGGGUCCAGCUCUGGCCAAUCUCAAGCUGGGAUGCCAGGGCAGGAAGAGGAGACAUUCAUUCACCUUUUCUGUACCCCGGGCUUCCCCCUGAACUCAGCACCUCGCAGUGUUGGUGGGCCGCAGGCUGACCCGGAGAAGGGGUGGCACAGGGCCACGGUGACACAGCCCGUCAGUGACAUAGAACUGAGAGCAGCAGUGAAUGACUUAGUGUCCCUGUCCUUGUCCACACCCCCUUGAGCCUCUUCCCCUCCCUCAGCGCCCCCUUGACUUUGCCCUCAGGGCCUGAAGCAUCAGCCAGGGGCAGAGAAAAGCGCCCCCUCGGCUGUGACACAGCAGAGCCGUCUGUGCCAUGUCUGUCAGUGUUUCGUGUUUUUGUACCGAGAAGUCUUGUGCACUUUAGAAGAGCGGACCUUGAGUUCCGUUCUGUUGUGAGAACAUUCCUGGGCCUUCGCUGGUGACUCGCAGCCAUGCCUGCCCCAGCGGGGGUCCCGCCACGCCACCCACGCCCUGGUGACCCUCCAGACGCCACGGCCCUGACAUGAGUUCAAGGCCUUUCCACUUGGCCAGGUGGUGGGAACCAGGGCUCCCUGCCAGCAGCUGGGGGGCUCUCAGCUGUGCCACCCAGCAGGCGGCACCCCUGGGAGGCCUCACCGGUACCCCCAGGUCAUUCCUAGGUAGAGCCUGAUUUUACUUGUAAAGUUGGUGGUUGAACAAAUGUCAUUUCUGUGGGUUCUGUGCACAUCUUUGUUCAUUGUGAUCAUGAUCUUAAUGUACCCGACAAUUAUUUUUUAAUAAUUGCAGCAUUUUCUCACUGCAAGGUAUUCAGAACCGCCCUAGAACUUCAGGCCUGACUCCUAGCAAUAAAGUGUCUCAGAUGAGUUGCAGCAGCCGUCCUUCAGGGUUUGGUGUGGAGAUCGUCUGCCUGAGUGUCUGUGCUGUCGUGGUGGGCUCCACUGGGGGCUCCCCUGGCUCCUGCACCCAUCGCACUAGGCAGGGCCCCACUGACCCCUCAACAGCGCCUGUGUGGACCUGGGAGAGCCGGGAGGCUCCAGGGCCUGCCUGACAACCAGCUGUGACAUCCCAGCCCUCGCGGGUGGACCCAGGCACUGAGCGCCCUGGGCUGCU